GAUUUUGACAGUCGAAAUGUGAUCAUACUCGGUCGAUAAAAGAAGCAAAGAACAGGUGACGACAUCGUUGUCAUACUCGUGAUUUCAUAACACGCCAUUUUCUUUGUGUGAAGUACUGGUCAAGAGGAAUUUCAUCUACUAUUUUCUAUCUAUUUCAAGUUUACAAUGGCUUCUCAUAAGAAAAUAUUGCUUAAAGUCAUUAUUCUUGGGGAUUCUGGAGUUGGUAAAACUUCUCUUAUGAAUCAGUAUGUAAGCAAAAAAUUUAGCAAUCAAUAUAAAGCUACUAUAGGUGCAGAUUUUCUUACCAAAGAAGUAAUGGUAGAUGAUAGGAUAGUUACUAUGCAGAUUUGGGAUACAGCUGGUCAAGAAAGGUUUCAAUCUUUAGGUGUUGCUUUCUACAGAGGUGCUGAUUGUUGUGUACUUGUAUUUGAUGUUUCUGCACCAAGUAGCUUUAAAUCUUUAGAUUCUUGGAGAGAUGAAUUUUUAAUUCAGGCUUCUCCUCGAGAUCCAGAUAAUUUUCCAUUUGUAGUACUUGGAAAUAAAGUUGAUUUGGAAACCAAAGUGAUUCAUGGUAAGAAAGCACAACAAUGGUGUCAAUCUAAAAAUAAUAUUCCAUAUUUUGAAACUAGUGCUAAAGAAGCCAUUAAUGUUGAACAAGCUUUCCAAACGAUAGCAAAGAAUGCUUUAGCUCAAGAAAGCGAAGUGGAAUUAUAUAAUGAAUUCCCAGACCAAAUUAAGUUGACAAAUGAUCAACGAAACAAUGGCAAAGGUGAUUCUUGUGCCUGCUAGGUCUUUGAGCAAUGGAAAUUUUGGAUAAGCACAUAGAUGCACAGGUCAGAUCGUACAUUCGCGUACCUGCGCAUUUUAAAAAAUACUAUAUCGAGCUUGAUGUAUUUGGAAGUCCUAAGUAUGCACCUUGGUUUUCUUUAUUCAAUUUUUCAUUAAGAUAUUUUUAAAGCAUAUUUAUAAUAUUGGAACUUUUUUUAUUGAAAUUAUGUGAAAUAUCGUGGAAAAAUAUAUAUGUAUAUAUAAGGAAGUUUAUAAGCAUUGCAUUUUAAACAAUAAAAUUAGAAAAAUUUUGUACCAAGGAGCAUCCAUUGACUUCAUUACAUGAAAGACUAUAUUGUAUUUUAUAUCGUGUGUUUGUGUUGAUAUUUCACUCAUCCAGCAAUAUAUUCAACACAUUAUUUCUAAAAAUUAUAAUGCUCUCUUAUUGGGUAUAGCGAACAGUAUGAGCUGCCCUUUUAAAUUGCAUCUUUACAGCUCAUUGUUGAUGUUCUUCAUUGUGGAAUGAUACUACGAUGUUUAUGAAUCAUAUAGGCAUAAUUUAUAUUGGGAGGAAAAUUUAUGGGUUGGGAACACACUUAGCAUAACAAUUAGAUCAUCAUAAAUUUGCUAAUUCAUUGAAUACAAUCACAUUUAUUGAAAAGUUCUAAAAAUAUUUGUGAAUAUAUUCAUUUGAUUAUUUCUAAAGUCUAAUUUUUAUUAUCAAAUAAAAUGAAAAUUUUAUUAUUAUUCAACAUAAUAUAUUUCAAAUACAUAUAUAAAUAAUUUUAUAAAAUAAUGGAUUUUUAUUGAAAUAUUGUAAUUAUUUAAUUAUCUUUGAAUUUCUUUAAUAUCUAAACUUUGCUAAUUGUUAUGUUGAUCAAGAUAUUCUUAUCUUCUAAAAAUAACUCAUAUUUUUUGCGUAAAUUUAAAUAAUGUUGAGUUUGUUUAAUAAAAUUAAUAUGUAUUUCCUGAUAUUUCACAAUCGUCUCAAUCUCAAAAGGCUAGUGCGUUUUCAAGGAAAAAAAUUCCCUUCUUAAAAAAUCUCAAUAACUACAUAAUUUAUCAUUUGAUAUUCUCAAUCCACCUAUAAUAUUUACAUACUAAUAUUUUCAUGUAUAUUUAAAUUCCUCCCUGAAGUGAAAGUUUCGAUACCGCGAUGCAAUAAUUUUUUAUUGUAUACUUCAAAAAUAAUUUAGAUAUAUUCAUAAACUUUAUUAAAUAUUAUUUAAAAAGACAAAAAUUUUGUUUAAAAAUUAAACAUAUCAUGCAAUAUACAAAAAAUAUUUGAUGAUUUAUCUCUAAAAGUUAUAAAUUUUUAUUUUUUCUAUUUUAAUACUAUAAAGUAUAUUUAUAAGAGAUUAAAUCCAUUGAAAAGAAUUAUAUAAAAAUCAAAAAACAAUUUUAUUGACAUAUAUAAAUAAUUCUCUUUUUUAAAAAAAUACAUUUUUGCAAUGAAAAAAUAUUUUUUGUACAAUAAUUAUAUUCUGAAAUGAUAGAUUUAUCUAAAAAAAAUCGUUAUAAAAAAAAUAUUUAUAAAAGUGAUAUUAUUUAUUAUGCAAAAAAAAAUAUGCGUCGCGGCUAACGAUCACUUCUAUAUCUUAAAAUAAUUAUUAUUUUAGAAAUAAGCCACUAUCCUGAAAAAUGUAGAGCAAAAAAAAAAGAUUAUGUGAGCUGAAUUCAUACAUACCUAUAAGAUUUCUUAUGAAAAAAUUUAAUAUGUGAAAUAUUUGCGUACAUCUAUUAUGAUAAUUUUGGACGAUAUAAAUGUGUGUCAUCAUACAUGUACGCGUAUUCACGUAAUAUAUAUGUAUAUAAAUGAUGAUGGUCAUGACGAUUACAAUUAUAAUUAUUAAUAUAAUUUUAUCGAAAUAUGUUAACGAAAAUUAUUAUAAAUAUUAUCAUUAUUGCUGCUGCUACUACUAUAAAUUACUACUAUUGCUAUUCUUAGUUUUAAGUGAAAAACAAGAAAAUAAGAAGAAAUACAUUUAUUGCAACAAAAUCAUCAGCUGGUCGAAUUAAUUCGCUGAUAUAUCUGUGCCACGGAUAAUCAUCGUGUGACCUGAAACAAAAUAUAAGACUAUCAUUAUCCUUAUUAUGACUCAAUGUCUAUGUUGUUAUUAUGGAGAUGAAUGUCUGUUGAAAUAGGUAGUAAAUUUAGUAAUCCCUGUAUGAAGUAGCGCAUAAGAUUAAAAUAUAAUUCAAUAUAACUAAUAAUAAUACAACUAAUUUAAUAAUUGAAAAAUAUUGGGGAAAAUGGCUUUUUUCAAGUCAAAGGUUAAUCUGUAAUACAGUGUAGUUUUAUUCGAGAAUUUCAACAUAUUGUGUUUCAACCGAUGUAAAUUAAAUAUUUACCCUUGUACGAUUGUAAAAAAAGUAUUCGUUUUUAUAUAA